GCCAUAGUACCUGCGACAUCUACUUCGCGUGCGGUCGCCACCACUGCUGUCAUGGCUACUAUGGUCGUUAGCGUGACGAAACAACCUCUAGGUUUGUUCCACGUCGAACUGAAGCCGCACGACCCCGAGCGUUGUGUCGUGUCGAAAGUCAGCACUACUAGCACUCGUAGAGAAUGGAUGGAACGAGGAAGCGUCAACAUUGUCUAUAAUAGCAGAUCACUUGAUGAAGUAGCCCCUUCAAUUGGAGGUUCAAACACAAACAGUGUCUGGAACAACGCCACCUCUGCUCAACAACACUUAAGGCUUACCCUAAUCCAUCUCUGGAAGCAUCCCCAUGAGGCUUCUCAAGGGGAAAAGGCACCUAGGACGCAUUUCGGGAUGGAUUAGGGUGAGCUCUAAAACAAGGACAAGGAAAUCAACCGCCGCAAAUCAAGGUUGCGCGUAUCUGCUUGCCCGCACGGUUGACCCCAGCGCCGCCAGCAGUGGAUAAGAAACCGCGAAACAGGAGAGACCGAACCAUGCGCGGUUCCGCAGGAGGCGGCCGGAGUCGGUAUGCUGUAGCUCAGAUUCUAGGCACGCCGUAUCAUCCGGAUCCUAGGUUCAUGGCAGGACCACAUGUUGACACUCACAGCGUUUAUGGAGGACAACACCAACAGUCGUCUAUCAUGGCCAGUCCAGGAGGUGGCUCUAGCUACGGAGGAUACCACGGAGGUUCAGGAGAUCUCUAUGGAGGUACUUCUGGUGGAUAUGGGAAAGACGGCUACUCUUAUGGUAAAGACGGCUAUGGAAGUAAAGACGGCUAUGGAAGUAAAGACGGCUAUGGAAGUAAAGACGGCUACGGCAAGGAGAGCAUGAUGUAUGGAGCAGGUAAAGACCUCUAUGGAGCAACAGGCUACGGUAAGGAUCCUCAUAGUGCUAUGGCUGCAGGCAAAGACCCAUAUGGUAAGGACAGCAGUUCUCUAUAUGGUAAAGACCCUAGUGGUUAUGGGAUGGGUAAAGAUCCUUAUGGAGCUGGAAUGGGAAAAGACCCCUACGGAGCAAUGGGGAAAGACCCAUAUGGAGCUAUGGGAAAAGCUGGUAAACCCAACAACGCACUCGAAGUAUUAGCAGCCAUCGGGACGAAGCUGAGAGGAUAUUGGAUGGACGAAAAUGUAUUUUUCUCUUUGAAAAAUUCAUAAUUUUUUAUCUGAAACAACAAGAACUAAAUAACAGCAACAUUUGUCCUUCUCCUGUAACUUGGGAUCAACAUCAGUGACAAAUUUAUCCAAGUCUGUCCACAGGAUCUUCAACGAAGUAGAAAUAGUACGUCCUUUCUUCUUCCAUCAGGACAACGUGCUAACGGUAUGGGAGACGCCGGAUCAAGCUAUUGGAGUUUUUCGUGGAAGCAGUAAUCUCCUCCUUGGACGCAUAGCUUGGAAAAACGGUGAUAGAAAUGUGUUUUUUGCGGAAUUCGGC